AAUCCUUAUCUCGUUCCUCCAAAAAAAACCCACCAGACCACUUCUACAUUCUCUCUCCUUCCUUCCUCCAUUUCAACCCACCACACCAGACCACUCAUUCCUUCUCUUUCCUUCCCUCCUUCAUUUCAGGUUUACACACCACAGCGACCGGUCACGGAGGAGAAGUAGAAGCACAACAGCGGUCACGGAGGAGAAGCAGAGGCGAACGUUGAGGCAGGGCCGGGAGGCGAGCGGAGGGAGCAGUGACAUCCCCAGCGCAGGAGAGGCGAAAAUGGGUAGGGAAGGGAAGGUGGGGAUGGCGAUGGGUGACGCACGGAGGCCUGGGGUCGACGGGGAUGGGAGAUGGCGAUGUCGGAGCAGAAUCGAAGAGGAGACGAAGUCAGAAUCUGGCUCGCGGUGUCCAUUCGUCGGGGAGGGUGGGGAGGUGAGACGGAGUCGUCGGGGAGGAUGGCUGGGGUUUGGAUGGCGGAGGGCGGAGGUGAUGGCAGAGAAUCGGAGGGUUCGGAUAACUGGCGGGGCUUUGGAGGAGGAUGAAUAAGAAAGAAUUAGGGUUGGGGUUUGGCCGGAGGAGGGGGUCGUUUUCACUGAUGGUGAAUAACUGUGUUUUAUUAAA